UGGGGUAUACAGUCUAGUCUAUUUGCCUUGACUCAGCUUCGAGGUUCCGCUUCAGGCAACUGCAGAGCGAGGAAUGGGGAUGAAGACACGGCAAUGCGAUGUUGUUGUUGUAGAGGUCGAUAUGGGAAUUCGGGAUUCCUUCACUCGCUAGAUUUGGUGUUUUGGGUACAUAUUUUUUCAAGGGAAUUUUGUUGGGUUUCUGUGAAAGUCCACAGGACUUGGGUUUGUAGGAAUCGUGGGCUCUGGAUUGGACGCUUCGCAGCUCCGCAACGUCCGAAUAGCUCGAUCAGAAGCGUUUUUAUGAGGGAGGCGAGGCGGAGGUUGUCGAUAAGGUUUCUUGGAGGAUUGUGCUUUAGAUAAACGCUUAUAAGUUCGCAUUAUUCGGGUUCCGGACGUUUGUUUUACGUUGUGGCGGACUCUGCGAUUCGGCGCUUCGAAAAAAUGAUUGGAAGGCAGUAUUUGGCUACGCUCUUUUGGUGCAUCCUGUUUUUCUGCUCGCUCCUGGCCAUGUUGGUGUUCAAGCAGGUCAGGGCGGAGGUCCCUGCCUGGCCGGCCGAAAACCAGGGAUCUAUCCCCCCGGUUGCGGACUCUCAAGAUGGACUAGAGCCAAUGAUGGUAGUAUCACUUGGAGGGGUCCUCCACGCAGUGAACCCUGUGACAAAGAAGACUCUCUGGUCGUUUGCAUCGGGACCGGAAGUUUCUACCACGUUCAUGGCUGGUAGGGACAAAGAAACCAAGGAAAUAAACUCUAGUUUGGACGUUGUAGCAGAUGAUGGACUUAAUGGUGAAACUGAGGAUUGGUCUAUGUUCAGUGGACCAGAUGGUAAACUAUAUGUCCAUGAUAAGAAUGGUAUUGCGCCUCUUCAGGUCAGCAUAAAGGAUUUGGUAGCCAGUUCACCUCAUCACACGGACGAUGGAGCAGUGGUUUUGAGUUCGGUAUCGAACACCGCAUUCCUUCUCAACAAGGACACUGGGGCUCUAAUACGCAAGUUUGACAACUCUGGAAAAGUUUUGGAGAAAGCUGCCACUUUUGCGAACGAGAAAGCUAAGGCUGAAGACGCGGAGCUUUUAUUGGAGCAAACCUCUGCUACUAUUACUGAUUCCGAGAAGAAGGUCAAUACAAUGCUUUGUCUCCGAACCGAUUAUUCAGUUACUGUGCAGGAGCUUGCAACGGGCAAAGUUCGCUGGAAUGUCUCAUUGGGCGAGGUAAAGACUCUGUCUCUUGUUCAAUCUUCGGGGCAGUCGCCCACCUUUCGGCAAGCUUAUGCCAACGAAAACGGGACUAUUACGACACCGGUUCUCGCUGCUUCCAUGUCGUCUCCAAGGCCAUCAUAUCAAGUGGCUCCAAUUGCCAUUUUUUCUUCUUCUGGCGAAUACAUAGGAAAUCUGCUGCCAGCAACUCCUUCACCUCUGGAUUGGAAAUCCAACUUUCCAGGAAAAGUUGCUUUUGUUCGUAGAGUGAAGCCAAUUCCCAACGAUGCAGAUAGUAAACGAAUCCUUCCAGUACUCGCAGAUGUUCAAAAAGACUUUUUGAGUGGAGGAUUCCCAGGAAAGCAGGCUUUUGCUGGGGUGCCAAGUUUGGACAAUAGAUCUGCCGAUCACAGGAGUGGUAGUGUAAGAGCAGGUCGUGAUACUGCUUGGGCUUGGGGUAGCGUUGCGGGAAUUGUACUGUUAGUGUCAGGAUUUUUGUCUUUUCUUUGGUACUUAUACAAUCGCUCUUCAUCUGGAAAAAGAGAGGAGGUGGUGAAAAUAAGGAAAGCUGGGGCCAACAAAACUCGCCGAAAAGUCAAAAAAGGUACUCCGUCGACUGCAAACAAAGGACCUUCUGAGGAUGAUGGCAACAACGAGAUUACUCAUUCUAAGCAAAGACCUAGUGCUGAAGCUAGUGCCGAAGGAACUACUCGGGGUGUUGCUAUGAAUAAAAGUGCGUAUGGGGAUGGUAUACAAGUCGGACGGUUGUUUGUUACAAAGGUUGUCAUAGGAGCUGGGAGCAAUGGCACGAGUGUGUUUGAAGGAUACCUCGAUGGUCGUCAUGUGGCUGUGAAAAGGCUUCUUGCCCAUCAUUAUGACAAAGCUGUGAAGGAGAUUAAAUUUCUUAUUACCAGUGAUGAACACCCGAAUGUGGUGAGAUACUUUGCAAUGGAAGAAACUCCAGAUUUUGUGUACGUAGCUCUGGAAAGAUGCGCUCUGAGCCUGAAUGACCUUAUUGUGUCCGAAAGCAAGAAAAACUCCUUAAAGCAUAGCAAUAUAGAUGACGAUUCGGACGACGUUAAGUAUCUAAAAUUACCUAAUGGAAAGGAGUUAAAACUCUGGAACUAUAAUGGGCGGUGCUCUCCUCAACUGUUGCAGCUGAUGAGGGACAUUGUUGCUGGUUUGGCACACCUCCACGCUGUGGGAAUCGUUCACCGUGAUCUGAAGCCCCACAAUGUGCUCGUUAGUAAUGGGCGUAUUUUGCAAGCUAAGUUGGCUGAUAUGGGUCUGAGCAAACAUCUUGCCAAUGAUGUCUCAUCAUAUCAAGACACAGGAAAAGGUGGAUCAGGUAGCAGAGGUUGGCAAGCUCCAGAGCAGCUCAAAGAAGGUCGUCAAACUCGGGCAGUUGAUGUUUUCAGCCUGGGCUGUCUCUUCUUUUUCUGUAUCACAGGAGGUCAACAUCCUUUUGGAGAGCAUUUUCUUCGGGAUGCCAAUAUCGCAAAAGGAGCUCCAGACUUUUUUUACAUUGAGGAUAUGCCAGAGGCUUAUCAUUUGAUUAAGGCACUGCUUUGUUAUGACCCCUCCAAAAGACCAGCUGCUAAGGAUGUUAUGCUUCAUCCAUUCUUCUGGAAUAGCGAACAACGACUCUCUUUUUUGCUGAAAGCGAGUGAUCGAGUGGAACAUGAAGAUAGAGUAUCAGACUCGCAGGUGCUGCCUGCUUUAGAAGCUAUUGGGCCCGAUGUAUUCGGACAUUCUUGGGAGACGAAGUUAGAUUCAAAACUGUUGGACGACGGACGUCGCUACCGUAAGUACAACUUUAGCAGUACCAGGGAUUUGCUUCGCAUCAUCCGCAACAAAAGUCAUCAUUUUCUGGAGCUUCCUCAGGAUAUGCAGGAAUCACUGGGACCUUUUCCAGAAGGCUUCGAGACCUACUUUUCCAAUAGGUUUCCCCGGCUGUUGAUGGAAGUCUACAAAGUUCUGCACGAUUACUGCAAGGAUGAACCAACUUUUAAACGCUACUUCGAAGUCAUUGACGAAGUAUAAGAUGUACUGUUAAAAAUCACGUGAUAUUUUUAAGGCCUUGAUGAGUCGAUUAGAGCCACCUUUCGGCAGUUGGGAGUGUUCGGGGGAGGUGCUCAUAUACUCGCUUGAUCCAGUUGCCAUAGCCACAAUGAUGCGGAACAGAUCGCGGUCAAUGCGCCAGGAACUGCAGCUUUCAAUUCCUUCGGCUUUGAAUGAGCAACUCUUUGCAUCAGGACGAGCUGUUCAGUAUUGGAAUGGGAGCACUGUAAUUACUGAUUAGCAUACGAGAGUGCAAGACCCAAAACGAAAUGCAUAAUGGACGUGUGUUUACCCGAGACUUGGCGUAUCUUUAGAUACCUAGCUUUCGCUUUGACAUCAUUUUGCAACUUACCAUGUCGAUUGUUCUUCAUUAUUGUUCAUUUAUUCUCAAAGAGAAAUUUCAAGAAAACGUGUACAUCUUAUCAGGUUACAUUUCAAUGCUUUGUGUAAUCACAAUUCAUGGAUCUUGCCGUGUAA